CACUGCGGUUCAGAAGUGUUCUUGGUUUGUUCAUUUGACAGCUUCUCUUGUGCCAUUAGCGCUUUUGGAACCAUGUCGAAUCCAGGCAAUUUGGUUGGAGAUCGAGAGCAGCGCGUGACAGUCUCGUUGCCGCGAACUCUGCACGAACUCAAAAGUCAUGCGCACCGCAACUUCACCACAAAGCGUGGAUCCAGCAAGCCAAUGCGAAUGUUUCAUCACGGCAAGGUGGUCAUUACUCACCCCAACCACAUGUCCAAUCUCAAGGAUGGAGAUGUUGUAGUCUUGACUGCCAACCCGGAGGAGCAGGGCCCGCCGCCUUUGUCUACACACCAAGCGCAUUAUGUGCCUCACCCGCUGCAGGCAAAGAAGCCACCACCAGAUCAGGAUGGGCCCAAAGAAAGUGUUCCGUUUGAUGGAAAGUCGAGCUACACUGUGGACUACAUCCCUCAUCCACUUGAGGCCCGGGACUCUGCAAAGCCGCCCAGAAAUGUUUGGGAACCUGGCAGGACUGGGGUCAAAACUGGAAGAAGCACUUAUGCCAGCGAAUAUCCAUGGCACAAUGUGAAGCCUCCAGAUAAGACUUGCAAGCACGUGCCUCCAGGAAAGGCAGUACCGUUCGAGGGUCUUUCCUCCUAUCAGCAGGACUAUGUGAAGCACCCACAGCGGCCAAGGUCCGCUGCAGGGCGCCCCAAGCCACAGCUGCCAGCCUCAGGGCCGUUUGAGGGAUCAACGACCUACACUACAGAUUACAAGAGGUUCCAAGUGCCACCAGCGAGGCCAGUCAGGAUGGAUGGUGGCAACAUGAGCGAGCCCAAACCAUUCGAAGGCUCAUCAGAGUACCGCCGCGAAUACUUGAAGCAUCCAUUGAAUGGUCCAGAGAUCUUGCACUUGGAGCCGGAGCUUCACAAUCCACAUGUACGGAGGGCAAAUUGGAACGUGACAUGAAGAGAAUGAAGGAACCUAAGUUUCUAACAGCCGACAAGUGUCGGCCUGGCCACUUGGGCAGCUGUGGUAAUGUCAGAACAUUGGAACAAAUCAAAUCCUGUCGUGUGAUGCAGCUUGGACUUGGCCGAGCCAACCCAGAGUCAAAGUACCUGCGAAGUCUGGUUGUAGCCAAGAACCGGCGGAGCUUGAGCAGCUUGUCUUCUCACCGUGUCACCCCCAAGCGCAAGGGAAACUCUUUGUUUGCGGAUCGACGUCGAGGCUAGUUUUGAUUGCAAUGGUCCCUGGUCCCCAUUCAUUCGGUCCGCAAAGAUAUUUCUAUAUAAUGGACAUUGUCAAGAGGCGGUGCUUGCGGUUGCUGAGUUGCCA